AUGAAGCUGAAAGCCGUCGGCUACAUGCAGGACAGCACGAUUGUUCUAUUCAGGAAAAGUUGUUGGAACAUGAGCUGCUUCAAGCCGGGCAUUGACGUCGACUUUCUGAAUAUGGCUUUAGGAAUGGCUGGACUUGAAGCGGAGGUGAUCCCAUUUGAUUAUCCUCCACCACAAGCUCUGGCUGCGGUCGCAAAUGGCUCUGCUGAUUUGACGGUUCACGCCAUUGUGCAGAGCGCCGAGCGACUAGCCACUGUAACUUUGACUAGCCCUAAAAUGCACUACAUAGACUUCAUCGUCAAUUCAAUAUGCCCGGAAGUCUAUCUAUUCCUGAUCUUCGCCCUCAUUGCCAGCCCGUUCGCCAUGUGGGUCCUAUCGGGCGGAAAGCGCGACUACGUCACCUGGAUUUUCCACGCGAUUCGCACGAUACUAAAGCAAGAUACGCAAUUGAGAAGACGCUACACCCUUCCGAACGCAAUAUUUAUGAUCUUCUGGAUUUGGUUUUGCUUCUUUUUUACGCAAUCUUUUGAGAGCGCCAUGAAGAGUACGCUGACGUUAUCGUCUAAACGAGGCUACGAGUUCCAGGAUUUGGAGGGUGUCCUGGAGGCUAUCGAAAAUAAAGGGUGGCGCCUGGUGCUACAAGAUGAAACGGGCUGGAAUCCGCUGGACUACUGCAGGGAUGAGUCGGACCAAUGCCCGCGAAUUCAACAGCAUAUGAAAAAUGCCCUACACAUCCCCCGAGACAGCGAUUUUUCCGAUAAGCUGCCCCCAAAAACCGUCCUAUUCGCCGCAAUGCAUAGCCAUUUGAUCCAAGAUGAUGUGGUUGUGAUCGACCGCGGCGCGCGAUUGUUGUUUAUCCGCGACACAUUUUUGCAGCCGGCAAUCCUAGGCUACGCCGUUAAUAAAAACCUCACAAAGGUUAUGGAGAAGCUCAACAAGGCUUUUGAGCGGAUGUUGGGCUCUUAUGAGAACUUUGCCGGGCGCUAUGGCCGCCCAUACACCCCAUAUCGACGCCUCGAUUCCUACAACCAAUUCUUCCAGCUGCGCGUCGUGUAUUUGCUGCCGCUUUUUCGGCUUACGGCCUACUUUCUGGGGAGCGCGCUGUUAGCGCUGGCGCUUGAGGUCAUUUUGGGAAAAUCGGGGGUCUAUUUGCACCUUCUGCACGAAGAAUGCCGUUGCGAGAAGGGCUCCACGCGACGUCACAUUACGCGAAACACAAUUUUGAGCCUAUUUCUUGGGCGAAACGGCGACUAUCCCGUAAAGCGGAGAAGGAAUACAAUAGCC